AUGGCGGACGUGCUCGUGGGCUCGGAGCGCCGCGUCCUCGUCAGCGGCUACGGCCUCCCCGCGCCGCCGCCCGAGAGCCUGCUCGGCCGCCUCGACCAAAUCGACCUGCGGUUGCGGCAGCUGGAGGAGCAGCGGCGACCGGUGCACGCCCAGCACCAGCACACCAAGUCGCUGCAGCACGUGCAGCUCAGGGGAACCCUCAUGGACCGCCUCAACCUGCUCGAGUCGCGCAUCAGGCAGCUCAGCUGCGAACUGGACCUGGACGGCGGCGGCAAGGCCACAGCCGGGAGCUACGUCGCCCUGGGGACCUCAUCGUCGGUGGCGCCGCAGGACCCUGCGUGGUCCGGCUCGGUUCCGUUGAUGGAGCCGUUCAGGAACCAGGCGGCGAUGUGCGCGCCCGACAAGUCGGCGGCGGAUGGGAGCUGGAGCGCCGUCCAGAUGCUGCAGAGGGGCGCGCGCCAGCUUCACCGCAACAAGUCCAACCCACCAAAGGUGAGCUCCACCGUGAAGAGCCUGAAAGAUGCGAAAUGCGCGUGCGAGAAGGAGAAGAGGAAGGCGGAGCGCAGUAGGACAAGUAGGAGGUGGUUUACCGUGGGAUGCUGA